CUCCGCCGCCGGCCGAACGCGGACGCGGCACGCCUCCUGCUUCCCACCGAAGAAGAAGCGGAGCGCACGCCACCGCCUCCACGGAAUCCGUUUCGUGCCCCACUCGUCCUCCUCCCCCCCACCCUCUCGUAGACUGGUGCGCUGCCGGGGCAGAGAUCCCUCGUCCGCGCCUCGACCGAUUGAUUCCUCCUUCCUCUGGUAGCACAUAUAAUAGGUUCUGUUUGCUGUUGUUACUACAGAAAAUGGCAAUCCUCUGUUCUGCUCCAUCAGUUCAUUCAAAUUUUCUGCCCAGAUGGCUACUGCUGAAUAGCAGCCCGAGAAUGUAUUGCCAUGCCUUUCGGGAUCGAAUGAGGCUCAAAAGGAGAAACAGACAUCAGUGGGUGACUUGUUUCUCCAAAGGGUCUUUCUUACAAGAUUCCAUGCCCUCUCUAAAGCCUUCACGUCUUCUUCCUACAGAGGAACUAAAGACAUAUCCCAAUACUGUUCCUGAGGAGAUAUUUAGCACAAUCAGAUUAGAUGACUCUGAUGCAUUCUAUGUGCUAGAGCUUAGCACAAGUAGAGAGUUUAGUUCCUCUUUGCUGGAUAAAAAUUCUGCAAUCUUAAUCUGCUUAAUAGAUGUUGAUGGUGACUCCUUGUUACAAAGAGUACCGGCAAUUUAUUUAGGUCAACCAACACCAGGAAUGAAGGCAGAGCAAUCGAUGCCCUUCCAAAGUGGUUCAGUUGAUGUUGUCACUUUCAAGGGGUCUAAAUUGCAAAGGAUCAAAGAAGUCUGGAUCGGGCUGGAAUCUGGUUCAUGGAGAUUAGAUGGUUUGAGCUUGAAAGUAAUACAUGGACCGGUUGGUCGAUCUAAAGAUGUCAAUGGAACACCUGAACUCAAGUUUAACGGUUUGCAGUACACCUUCGAGAAAAUCAAUGUGCCUCUUGGAGAGGACGGAGCAUCAGUAGCUGAAGCCAGGCCUGUGGCUGUCAUGGACCUAUCAGGAGUUAGCUUAUCUGAUCUUCAAGAAGGACAGUUAUCCUCAGAGAGCACUGCUUCAAUUGUUAAGGAAUUGAAAGAGGAUGGUUUGAGACAAUAUGCUGAUCUCAAGCAAUCUUUGCUGCUCUACGAUGCAGCUAUAGUGAUAACAGGUUUCUCUGUCUUCACCUUGGCUUCCAACGACAAUGCUGCCUACUCUUUCCUGGUCGGUGGCAUUGGAGGAUUCUUCUAUCUGCUGCUGCUCCAAAGGUCCGUCGAUGGGUUGCCUGUGAUUAGUUUGCCCUCAGAAGCUAGCAGCACACAGCCAUCUGUUAGUGGUUUCAGUGGUGUAAGAAGGCCAUGGUUAAUAUUGUCGCUGGUAAUGGUUGCGGGAGCUGUCGCAUUGAAGUAUGGUGCUGGUGGUGACAGCUUCGAGCUGACACCAACCGAGCUCUUUGUCGGCACUGCAGGGUUCCUGGCAAACAAGGUUGCAGUUCUUUUGGCAGCUUUCAAACCCAUGCAAAGUGAUUUGAAGGGCGAAGAUGGAUCUGGGGACAGCACUUAACUGAAAUGCUACUUGUUGUUUCUCAUGCAAGCUCUAUGGUAUUCAAUGAAGGUACUUAGCUAAGUGCGAAGGGCAAGUCAUGAACGGGAAAUAUAUAACUUGUGACUGUAGCAUCUUGGUAACUUCGUUCAAGCUUCAAUCUUCUGGACAGUAGGAGGAGGUCACAAAAUCCCGAUUCAGGAAAAAGAAGUUUGAGAUCUACAGAAACAUAACCAGACUCUAAAAUCAGGGGACUUCAAAUAUCUUGACACGUGAAGAAUCUCCAUCCUGGUGAUACGGUACAAUUGCUAGAUCAAAAGACAUGAUGGUUCUACCAGAACCAUGUACCCAUUACUGCACAUAAACCUGAUACCAUUCAAGUCCAUUAUACAGUAUAGAAUAAAUAUAUUCUUGGUGCA